UGGUCCGAUAAAAAGGAAGCAGACAAGCUCGACGGAUUAUGUGGACAGAUCUGUGUGGAGGGGCAGCUGUUUUAACCAAAUUGGGCAGAUUUAGGUAGUACUGCCUGAAUGGAAGUAGCUGUUGUAUUGUAAACAGUAAAGUAGGUCCUAACAGUCGAGCCAAAAUGAUGUUAGAAUGCGACCCGACAGAGACAGAAGGCGAGCCCGGGUUGGAUAGCACUGGGACAGCGGCGGAGUGUAACUUUCCCCCUGAAGACACACAAACGGUGUUAUUUGACAAGAACCGGAUAGGGCUCGGGCUUGCGGUGAACCCCGGAGGCGCUGUUCGUAUUUCGGACUCUCGGGAGAGUGUCUUAACGGAGUUGGAGACAGACGGUUCCGGGGAAGAGGCGCUGCUGUUACCGUGCUUAGCAGGAAGCUCUGCGUCUCCACGGCCAGUGCGGGAGAAGAGGGGCAGGCGGAACAGACACAGCUCAUCUUCGGAUAAGGACACCUUGGCCUCCCCAGGUACCCACCAUGGCGAUGUCAACCAUUUUCCAGAUGAUCCGGAGUUUGCGGAUAUCAUCCAACGGGCAGAACAAGCUAUUGAGAAUGGUGUUAAUCCAGAGAGAAUUUCCCAAGGUUCAAGUGGGAGUUAUUUUGUCAAGGAUCCUAAAGGGAAAAUUAUUGGUGUUUUUAAACCAAAGUCAGAGGAGCCCUAUGGUCACCUAAACCCCAAAUGGACCAAAUACUUUCACAAGUUGUGUUGUCCGUGCUGUUUUGGUCGAGGCUGCUUGUUGCCAAAUCAAGGUUACCUGUCAGAAGCCGCUGCCUCAUUGGUUGAUUCUAAGCUUGGCCUUGGUGUAGUGCCCAAAACAAAGGUCGUGUAUCUGGCCAGUGAGACCUUCCACUACAGUGCAAUAGACCGAGCCAAAUCCAGAGGAAAGAAGUAUGCUUUAGAGAAGGUCCCUAAAGUUGGACGUCGCUUCCAUAGAGUGGGCCUGCCUCCUAAGGUGGGCUCAUUUCAGCUGUUUGUGGAAGGGUACCGUGAAGCGGAUUACUGGCUGCGGCGCUUUGAGGCCGAGCCGCUGCCGGAGAACAUCAGGAAGCAGCUACAGUCUCAGUUUGAGCGCUUGGUCGUGUUGGAUUAUGUCAUAAGAAACACAGAUCGAGGAAAUGACAACUGGUUGAUCAAGUACGAGAAGCCAGGUGAUGGUGAAGAAGAAAAGGGUGCAGAGUGGCCUGAGAGCAGCACAGACUCCUGCAUCAAAAUUGCAGCGAUCGACAAUGGACUGGCCUUUCCCUUUAAGCAUCCGGAUGAGUGGAGAGCUUACCCUUUCCACUGGGCUUGGCUCCCUCAGGCUAAAGUGGCCUUCUCCCAAGAAACCAGAGACUUGGUUCUGUCACGUCUCUCAGAUAUGAACUUCGUACAAGACCUCUGUGAAGACCUCUAUGAGAUGUUCAAGACUGAUAAAGGUUUUGACAAGACCAUGUUUGAGAGACAAAUGUCUGUGAUGAGAGGGCAGGUGUUAAACCUUACCCAAGCCCUGAAGGACGGAAAGAGCCCGAUCCAGCUUGUGCAGAUGCCACGUGUGGUUGUAGAGCGCAGUCGGUCCGGAGGUCAGGGUCGUGUGGUGACUCUGGGCAAUGCCUUCACACAGACAUUUCACUGCAAACGCCCGUUCUUCUCCUCCUGGUAGACUGUGUGGGAUGCAACCUACAUUUGAUAACGCUGAAUACUGUGAAAGACUGAAUGUAUGUGAAACUAGGCUUAGCUCACUCCUAUUUUGGUAAAGCAGGAGCAAUACCCGUGUCUCCAAAAGACGGUGAGGAUGUUUGGGUUGCCAUGGCGACUUAAAAGUAUAAUCAGCUUUUCUACUGAAGAGGGAUUUGUUUAUUGUGAGGCCGAACUUUUUUUUUUUACCCACUUCAAGUUCCUGCUAAAAUCUUCCAAGGUUUCCAAGUGGGACUAAUGGCCAAAGAACAAAGCACUUUCCGGAUAAUGUUUUUUCGGAUUACCAUGGAGACAGAAUUGCUACAGGAUAGGAGUAAAUCAUGACAUGCUUUGCCUUGUGCGAUUACUUAUUGAAGCAGGCAUAAGUAGAUGAUGUGUCUUUUAUCCACUGGAAUGAGCAUACCAGCUUUUUCCCAGUGUUAAAUUUCAAGUUACACAAGUACUACGAUUACAACACAGUGUCUUUUAGUCUCACUACUGCCAAAUAUGAUGUGGUUGGAAGGGAUGUUCCAAGCCUCAAGAAUAGGAAAACAUAGAAACUUAAAACUUGACUAUUGGAGAAGACGAGGAAUGCGUAUUGCUUGAAUGUAAGCUGUUUACGGUUUCUAUACACUUUUACUCUGAAACAUUUCAAUAUAAAGAAUCAAGAAGAUCUCGACUCUUAAUGAAUGUAUUUGUCGUUGUAUUUAAUUGCUGGUAAGUUUUGUUUCUUUUGCUCCUUGCAGCAUGGGGCUGGCACCUGGCCUUUCUCCUUUACAGUAAGUUAUAUAAAGAUGAAAUGUUAAAUUUUAAAAAGCAUUUCUCACUUGCUCAAAGUUGUUGUGCUUUAUGUCUGCAUCUUUUUAUGAAACUCAAUGAUUGUAUAAAUAAGUUGUAUAUUUAAAAAAUAAACUGCUUUCUGUUGGCAUUUAACUAAA